AUGGAACAGAUCGAGACGCAGGCUUCGGACUUGCGGUACCUCGCCCAGGCGGCUCCGGUUGCGCUCAGCGAUUCCGCGAGUGUCUCGUACGAGACGCCGCAGCCGCGCCCGCAGCAGGGAAGCCCAGCAGGUUCCGCGACAUUCGGAGACAAUUCCGCAGGCGGUGGUCCCGGCGCCGGCAGCGGCGCGAGCAAGCGCAAGUCAGUCGACGACGGCCCCGGGUCCGGCCAGAAGCAGACACGGAGCAAGAGGAACCGGUACAUCUCUAUAGCAUGCAAUGAAUGCAAGCGACGAAAGAUCAAGUGCAACGGCGAAACGCCAUGCCAGCGAUGCGGAAAUCUCAACCUCGCUUGUCUGUACGCACCAAAUUGCUGCUCAAACAACUUCAAGGAUUCAGAUGAGUUCAAGCACGUCACAACGCAGCUCAGCCGCCUCCAGGAUGAGGUGAACUGGCUCAACCAGACCAUAAGGUCUCUACAAGCCGACCCGUCUCGACUGGUCCCCCCAAAUGACCGCAUGAUGCCGUCGUCCAACUCGGUCAUUGCUCUGUCACCUUCACAGAGCUCCACGUCGAUGCAGCGACCCGACUUGUCAUCGCACGGCAAAUCGGCAGCCUUCCGAGGACCUACGAGCAUGGCCUUUAGCCUGGAUGUCGCCAAUACUACCAUUUCCAACAUGGGCUACCGUGGCAUUGACGAGCCCGACGACCAGGACCAGCAGUCGAGUGACGUUACCAUGCAGAUGGGGAGUGCGCCCUAUGACCCGCUGUUUGAGUUUGACAAGGACGAAAUGGUCAGGCUCUGUCGUUUCCACGAGGAUGAGAUUGGGAUCAUGUAUCCCGUUCUCAAUAUUCACACUGUCAUCGCCCACGCCAAGAACAUUGCGCCGUUUCUGGAGUCUGCUAGGAACCAGCAACGACCCAUGGAGGCUAUCAACGACGAGAAAACGCUUCAACUCAAGAUGGUCAUGUGCUGUGCGCUUGUUGUGGAGAACCACGGACACAGUGACAAAGCCAUACGGUUGUACGACAGCAUGGAGGCGGUUGUGAAUCGCAAACUGAUGGCAGACGUAAGCGACGUGGCCAAUUUACCACUGUUGUGUCUGCUGGCCGGCUAUCGGUUCUUGUCCAACGACGAGGUUCUCGCCUGGCGAGUCAUGGGUCAAGUCGUCAGACUCUGCGUGGAACUGGGAAUCCAUCAGAAGAGGGGCUUGAUGAAGAUUCAAGACGAAUCCGAGAGAAAGAAUGCGCUCAACAGCUUCUGGUCCGCCUACGUUCUCGACAGGAGGUGGGGGUUCGCAACUGGUCUACCAUUUGCCCUGCAAGACGACGAAAUUGAUCCCCAGCUGCCUUUUCCGGACGAGUAUCCAUUCCUCGUGGCUAUGAUCACGUACUCCAGGCUCGGUGCCAAAGUUUGGAGACAAGUAUCGCAUUUCGGACCCGUUCUGGCCCGUGAGCUGAGGCAAGAGGAGAUUGAUAAUCUUGACCGCGAGAUCUUGCAGUGGUACGAAAGUGUCCCGGAAGAGAUCCGAAUCUGGCUCUACACCCCGAUACUUCAUAGUGCGACGAGCAUCAUGUCGAACCCGCAGCAGGCGCAACGAGUCGUUGAUCUCGCCAAGGACACGAUACAGUACCUGAAUCAUCUCAACAGCACAACGAAUCUGUAUCGCAGGGCCCAGGUCUUUUACCACCAGUUUCUCACGUCCGCCAUCUCUGUCGUAUUCCUCGCGUCGGUUCAUGCCCCCGUUCGUUUCAGCGCGGUCUGCCGAGAGGAGUUUUACAUGGCGCUCGACCUGGUCAAGGAUCUUUCUGCCAAGAGUUGGGUGUCCAAACGCCUUUGGCGCACAAUCAGGUCACUUAAAGACGUCGCGCCGCGCUUCGGCUUGAAUCCUGAUGAUGACCCUCACUCAAACGCCGCCCUGGGGAUGAUCGGACUUGCACGCGGCCACCUCCAUCCGAGCCCCGUUGCGCAAACACCAUUCCCGACCAUUGGCAUGCCCACACCACAGCAGACGCAGGAGACGCAAGUAGAUCACAACGGCAAGAAGAUUCAGAGCGAGCUGUCGAGGAUUUUCGAGGGCUACGUUGGUCUGAAUGGCUUUCAGUACAACGGUAGUGAUGGCCACGUGCCUCCACAUGAACUGGCCUCCCCCACUUCUGCCAACGGCAUAUUCACCACGGACGGGACCGUGUUCUCGCACCUUCGGGAGAUGUUCUGA